AUGGGUUUUCUUGGAGGAUUUUUUGGUCCCAUUUGUGAGAUCAAUGUUGUUCUUAAUGAUGGGGAAACCAGGAAAAUGGCGGAAAUGAAAACUGAAGUUGGCAAAGUAGAAAAACGCUAUCUUUUCUAUGAUGGAGAAUCUGUUUCAGGAAAGGUAAACCUAGCCUUUCAGCAACCUGGAAAGAGGCUAGAGCACCAAGGAAUCAGAAUUGAAUUUGUAGGUCAAACUGAACUUUUCAAUGACAAGAGUAAUACUCACGAAUUUGUAAACCUAGUGAAAGAACUAGCCUUACCUGGAGAACUGACUCAGAGCAGAAGUUAUGAUUUUGCAUUUAUGCAAGUUGAAAAGCCAUGCGAAUCUUAUAUCGGUGCCAAUGUCUGCUUAAGGUAUUUCCUUAAAGUGACAAUAGUAAGAAGACUGACAGACUUGGUAAAAGAAUAUGACCUUACUGUCCACCAGCUUGCUACCUAUCCUGACGUCAACAACUCUAUUAAGACGGAAGUGGGCACUGAAGAUUGUCUACACAUAGAAUUUGAAUAUAAUAAAUCAAAGCAUCAUUUAAAGGAUGUGACUGUGGGAAAAAUUUACUUCUUAUUAGUAAGAAUAAAAAUCCAACAUAUGGAGUUACAACUGAUUAAAAAAGAGAUCACGGAAUUGGACCCAGUGCCACAACAGAAACAGAAACAAUCGCUAAAUAUGAAAUAAUGGAUGGUACACCAGUAAAAGGUGAAUCAACUCCAAUAAGACUGUUUUUAGCGGGAUCUGACCCAACUCCAACAAU